GUUUUUUUCCCCCUCAGUUCGUUUUCAGAGUUGCGUUUCAGUUGUUUCACACGAGCGCGGUGGCUUUCGGCCGAAAGAGUGUGAACCCGUCGUCGAGGAGCAGUAGCCAUGGCGGCUCUGACGCAGGUUUCAUCCAACAAGUGCUGCGGCGGCUUCCAGAAGGUCUUUGAGCACUACAGCACCGAGCUCAAGUGCCGCAUGAAGUUCGCCAUUUACCUGCCACCCAAAGCGGAGAAUGCCAAGUGUCCCGUGUUUUACUGGCUGUCCGGCCUGACCUGCACAGAGCAGAACUUCAUCACUAAGGCGGGAAGCCAGCAGGCCGCCUCAGAGCACGGCCUCAUCAUCGUGGCCCCCGACACGAGCCCACGUGGUUGCAACAUCGAGGGGGAGGACGAGAGCUGGGACUUUGGGACUGGCGCCGGCUUCUACGUGAACGCCACAGAGGACCCCUGGAAAGUGAACUACCGCAUGUACGCCUACGUCACGGAGGAGCUCCCUUCCCUCAUCAAUGCCCACUUCCCCGCCGACCCAGAGAAGAUGUCCAUCUCCGGCCACUCCAUGGGGGGCCACGGGGCACUGAUUUGUGCCCUCAAGAACCCCGGGAAGUACAAGGCCGUGUCUGCGUUUGCCCCCAUCUGUAACCCCAUGCAGUGCGCCUGGGGUCAGAAGGCUUUCAGUGGCUACCUGGGUUCAGACAAGUCCACCUGGGAGGCAUAUGAUGCCACUGUGCUGGUGGGCUCUUACUCCGGCCCCCAGCUGGACAUCCUGAUCGACCAGGGCCGUGAUGACCAGUUCCUGUCAGCUGGGCAACUCCUCCCGGACAACCUGAUCGCAGCCUGCACUGAGAAGAAGAUCCCAGUGGUGUUCCGUCUACAGCCAGGCUACGACCACAGCUACUACUUUGUGUUCUCCUUCAUCAACGAUCACAUCAAGCAUCACGCCAAGUACUUAAACGCCUAAGCAACGGCCCCAGUGUUUGCUGCACGGAUGUUCUCAGUGCCUUCACCCCACAAAGCCCCGCCCACUCUGCUUGGUGACGACUCCGGUUCUUGAGGGUUAGAUCUUCGUGUUCUUAAGUGAGCUGGAAAUCCUGAAGACAUGAGCUAAUCAUGACCCAGCACUGAGGACUCCAAAGUGAGCCGAUUGGUUAAAUUUAGCCACUUAAUUUCUCAACCCAAAAAUAAAUUGAUUUGCUAAGAGCUUCUGCUUCCCUUCAAAUGUUGUGUAAAAUUCAACGUAGCUAUUUUUCAUAAGCGGGAAUAAAGGUAUACACUAACAGCAG